UUUUGCGAUUGGGGUUAUAAGAAGAAUUGAAGUAAAUGAAGUAUACUCCUUAGGGAAGAAAAAAUUUGAUUUCUGUGUUGUAGUGAAGGUAGUGAAUAUACAAUAUAGAAAAAAGCGAAAUGUUGAAGAUGAAUUGGAAAUGGCUGAAGAGGGAGGAUUUGUGGUUGUGUAUCCGUGUAUAUUUAAAGGGCUUGAAAGCAGAAGAGGGUGUUUUAUGGGAAAUCUUCCCUCUUAUUUAGCCAGGCAGGAUACAAACCAAGGAAAGUUAAUGAAUGUUCUUCUGGGGAGAGAAAUUGAACCGGAAGAUGAAAUUGAGGUUGAUGCUUCGGCAAGACAGAAUCCACUGAUGCGGUUGUUGAAUGAGAGGCAGAAAGACACUGCGAGAAUGCUUUUAGGGGAUGGGUGUAAGUUGGUUUACCAACAAGCACCGCCUGGUGUUGGGAAAACCUAUGUAGCCUCGAUAGUUGUUGCGCUUAUCUUGGCAUUGUUUAAAAACAUGAAAGUUGCAGUCAUAACAUCGGCGAAUCUUCCGUUGGCUAAGCUUGUAAAUGAAUUAGAGCAGAUAUUAGGUGGCGAUGAAAUGGAAUCCUCCAGCGCGGUUGCCUUCUUUUCCGGAUAUGCCAAAGACAAAUAUAGAGAAUUGCUCGCGAAUCUCCGCCGACACAUGCUGAAUGGCGUCGUUGUUGUCUGA